AUGCGCGCAAUCCAGGUCAGGGAAUAUGUCCAGGGGCCGCUAGAUCUGACAGUGUCAACUUUGCCUACGCCUUCUCCGAGUGCGGAUAAGUACCUGAUUAGAAUCCGUGCAGCAGGUACCAACUUUUUCGACCUACUCCAGAUUCAAGGCAAAUACCAGCACCAACCACCUCUUCCAUGGAUCUCAGGCAUGGAAUUUGCCGGGGUCGUCCUGAGCACUCCUACAGCCAGCAAGAACCCUCGAUUUGCGGUUGGGGAUCGCGUGUUUGGAGCCACCCAAGGCGCAUAUGCCACGCAUGUCUUAUCUGCUGAGGCUUCACUCUUUCCACUUCCACAGGGCUGGAGUUUCGAGGACGCUGCGGGACUGUUUGUUACCGCACCGACCUCAUACGGCGGGCUGGUCCACAGAGCCAACGUGCAGAAGGGAGAUUGGGUCCUUGUACACGCCGCUGCAGGCGGAGUAGGUCUAGCAGCCGUCCAAAUUGCCAAGGCCAAGGGAGCUACGGUCAUUGCUACGGCAGGUACAGAUAGGAAGAGGCAGGUGGCACGGGAUUUUGGAGCCGAUUAUACGAUUGACUACAGGGACACAAAGUGGCCAGAGGCAGUGAAGAAGCUGUGUGCCGAGAAUAGGAGCGGUAACGGAAAGGCGGGCGUGGAUAUCGUGUACGACCCCGUCGGCAUGAUCGAACAGAGUCUGAAAUGUGUAGCAUGGAACGCUCGACUGCUGGUUAUUGGGUUUGCGGCGGGGAAGAUCGAAAAAGUAGCGCUCAACAGAGUGUUAUUGAAAAACGUGAGCCUCGUGGGUCUUCACUGGGGGCAGUAUGCUACCUUUGAGAAGGAGACGAUGGUAUCCGUCUGGAGCGGUAUAUUCGACUUGAUCAGGAGUGGCAAGUUCAAGGGCACUAGCUUCACCGAUGAGACGUUUGUGGGCUUGGAGUCCGUCCCCAAGGCGCUGCGGGCUCUUGGGGGACGGGAAACUUGGGGUAAGGUCGUCGUGCAGAUUCCCGAUGACGAAGGUGGUACGAGCCAAUCCAGCAAACUCUGA